UUUUUUUUUUGUUGUUUUUUUAAAAAACAUACACACAAAGAUCAUGUCAAGUCAGAGACUCCAAGGUCCAUGAGAUUUGAUUAAUUACCAACUGAUGUACUUAUCAAAAGUUGACAAUCUAUAGAUGUACUGAAGCAAAAUAAAAACCUAAAAUGUAGUACAUUGGGUUUAUUUCUAGGCGAUCUGAUACAAAAUGGGCAUUACAUAAAUAAGUUUACAUUUAGUUGAAGUAGUCAUGACUUCAAUUGGCUUGAAAAUAACUGGCUGAUAUGACCUACCUUCUGCCAAAUAGCUUUUUUUACUCCCUUUACAUGGCCACUACGUGUGGCUUCAGACACUGCCUUCUACACCGGAUGCAGCUUAGCUUACUUUAACGCAGCAGUUUACAUAAAUAGCUAACGAGCUCGUCUUUGCUAGCUAUUAACUUUGUAAUAACAGGCUAUUUUCUAAUAAAAAAAUAAAAAGGUAUUAAUCGAGUAAAGAUGUGAAAAUAUAUACUGGUACUUUAUUACACUAUGUGAAGCGAAAAAUUUCGCGCGAAGAUAAUAAUACUAGUUAGCCAUGUUUACAUAUUGAUUUAUAAUCCGAGCUAGCCGUCAAGAUAACCCGCUAACCCUAGUUACUGUAUGUUUAUUCUCGAUAUAUGAGCUGUCGAAGGUUGAGAAUCUUAAGUACUUACCACUAUUUAUUUAUUUCCCCCCACAGGGCACGGUUUGUUAGCGCUAGCGUUUCAACAUGAACUGGCUAGCUAGCAAAAUGUGCCUUGUGUGUGGGGGGAGUCUUCCGUUCUGCUUACACACCAUAACUAGUCUAGUUUCCCUUGAAUUCACUCUGUUGUCACACUUUAUUAUGAAAUUAUUUUUAUAAAGUUUUUUUUUUUUUUAAAUGUGUUACAAAUAAUGGAUGGGUAUGUCACCAAGAGGCAUAUAAUGUGUGUUCGUUUCACUUUAAUCCAUUUACAGUAAAGUCUUUUUCACAUCCGGAUUUGGAUGCAAGUGAAUCGUUUGGCCUUUUGUUCGAGAAGGUUCAGCCCCUCCCUCUCAGGGCCUCGACUCCACAAGUUCUUUCUGUAUUUAUUAUAACUAUAUUUAUUAUGGAUAUAUGUAUUGUCUGACAUGAGAAACGCGCUUGUCUUUUUGGAGACAGGAGGGGGAAAAAAGCAGCGACAACAUGCGCUAUGUCAAUAAUAAAUGCUAUGGCGUUAGCCCCUGACGGCGAUGUGAGUACUGAGUUCGGCCCCGCCCUCCCAGCGCCGCACUGGCCCGCCCUGCUCACACAAACUCCCCGCCUGAGCUCUGCCCGAGUCUGGGGAAAGCGUACGGCCUGGAGGCGGUGUGUGAAAAAGGAGUUCAAAUAUUAUGCCGAUGACCAAGGGGGUCGAUGGAUGAAGAUGUGACGACCCUCUCUCCCCAUUCCCACCAGCCCAAGAUCAUCUUCCAUGGGUCAGGUGGGGAUGGUGAAGCCGAGGAGGAUGAGGUGGCAGUGGAGCUACACGAGACGGUACUGGUCUCUGGAGUGGAGGAUGAUGGGAUAGCGGUGCAUGGUUUUUCCACAGAUGAACUGGUUAUCCAGGAUGCCAUGGGAGAUGUCGUGGCUGAGUAUGUACAGGACGACGAUGAGGAGGAGGAGGAUGAGGAAGGCCUAAGCACCAUCGCUGUGGGGACAUGCGUGAUGUCACCGGGGAUAGCUCUGGAGGACGUGCUCAAUUCCUCUCAGGUGCAGGAGGACCCUGAUGGGUGUGAAAACUACCUCAUGAUUUCCUUGGAAGAACCUGGGAAGAUUGUGUCGGAUGAUGACGCUAAGGUUACGACUGAGGGCACUUUAGAGGAGCAGGACGACGGCGAAAAGGACGACGAUGAGGGUCAAGAGGUCAUCAAGGUUUAUAUCCUGAAGGCUGAUUCAGGAGAUGACGACCUGGGUGGCACUGUGGACAUUGGAGACGCUGACAUUGAAGUGGACGAAAGUGUGGAGUUGAUGGAUCCGUCUACACUCAGUGAUAAAAUGGUCCUUAUGCCUGUCGGAGAAGCCAGUCAGAAUCAGGAAGACAUUAAUGUGGAUAAGAUAACUGAUGAAGUGUACAUGGAGGUGGUGGUGGGCGGUGAGGAGCCCGCCAAUCACCAGCGGCCGUUUGAUAACACCUCACUUAGCAAGGACUUCAUGCCUGUAGCUUGGGCAGCUGCUUAUGAUCAUGGUGUAACGUCACGUGAAGCUUUUUCCGACCCAUAUAUUUCACAUUUGAACCUGUUCUCAGGUGGGCAGGAGGCCGAGAGCUGCGAGAACAGGAACGGAGCGGCCAGCGCGGUGUUACACGUCGAAGAGUCGGACAUCAUGGAGAAAAUCAACCACCAGCGAAUCAAAAGCAAGAACAGGAAACACACAGAGACGCGUCACAUCCAGACAGCAAUUAUCAUCGGUCCAUAUGGACAGCCUCUCACAGUGUAUCCAUGCAUGCUGUGCGGAAAGAAAUUCAAAUCGCGAGGUUUCCUGAAGCGUCACACCAAGAACCAUCACCAGGAUGUCGUAAACAAGAAGAAGUACCAGUGUACAGACUGUGACUUCACCACCAACAAGAAAGCCAGCCUCCACAAUCACAUGGAGAUCCACACGAUGAGCAGCAAGAGCGCACCUUUCGAGUGCGAGGUGUGCGGCAAGGAGUUCCACCAGCAGGUGGCGUUCUUGUCUCACCGACACCAACACCAUUACAGAGAGCCGAAGCUGCAGAUUCCACCGGCCACCGCCACCAAAAUGCACGGCUGCAAGUUCUGCGAUUACGAGACGGCCGAGCAAGGACUCCUUAACCGGCACUUACUGGCCGUACACAGCAAAAACUUCCCUCACAUCUGCGUGGAGUGCGGGAAGGGCUUCCGGCACCCUUCGGAGCUCAAGAAGCACAUGAGGACUCACACCGGGGAAAAGCCGUACUCGUGCCUGUACUGCAGCUACAAAUCGGCCGACUCUUCCAACCUGAAGACGCACGUGAAGACCAAGCACAGCAAAGAGACGCCGCACAAGUGCGAGCGCUGCUUCCAGACCUUCGCCGAUCCCGAGGAGCUUCAGCAGCACGCGCUCGCGCACGAGGAGGAAGCCAAGAGCCACCAGUGCGUGCACUGCGAGCAUCGCAGCUCCAACUCCAGCGACCUGAAGCGCCACGUCAUUUCCGUUCACACUAAAGAAUACCCGCAUAAGUGCGGCACGUGUGGGAAAGGCUUCCACCGGCCCUCCGAGCUCAAAAAGCACUCGGCCGCUCACAAGGCCAAAAAACUGCACCAUUGUCGCCAUUGCAGCUUCAGGAUCGGAGAUCCGUUCGUGCUCAGCCGCCACAUCCUGUCUGUCCACACCAAAGAAACGCAACAGCAAACGCCGUUCUCGGACAAAAAAGGCCUGAAGAAGGCGUUUGUCCUGGGUGCUCACGGAGGGAAAAAGGUUUUGGCCAAAGUGCACAGGGAGCGGAGGGUGUAUCAGUGUCAGUAUUGUGAUUACAGCACAGGAGAUGCCUCUGGCUUUAAGAGACACGUCAUUUCCAUCCACACCAAGGAUUACCCACACCGCUGCGAUUUCUGCUCCAAGGGCUUCCGCAGGCCAUCGGAGAAAAACCAGCACAUUGCACGCCAUCACAAAGACAUGAUGGCAUCUGUGUGAUGUCAGGCAACCUGACUGGAGUGUAUGGGGUGUGCGAUAUGGCAAAAAAAAAAAAAAAAAAAGCACAUCAUAAUUUUUAGUUUCAGAGAUAUUUGGCUAACAGCAUAACUGUAAAAUUGAGUUGAACUUUUUUUUUUUAUUAUUCAGUGUUUAAAAAAAAAUGAGGCUAUCUUUCGCAUGUGGGUAAAUUAAACAAUCGGUUCCGAUUUUAACCUCCAAUCAGCGACCUGCGCUUGGUCGAGUAGUGACCGACGUUAAAAAAAACCAUAAUGAUGUAAUUUAUCAUGAUCUUGAUGUGCCAUGUUGUCGCAUCGCACACCCUUCGAGUCCUCUCUUUUAUCGGCUUCUUGUUCAUUCACAGCGAUCAUGCUAACACCAUGAACACGUCUACUGUAGAGAUAGCGUCCUAACAUUGUCACCAUGUCGUCCCCCGUCUCCACUGUCACUGUGUUCCAUUUCCUAAUCGUUAAAUUCUGCCGCUUCGUUCUGUCGGAGUGUGUGUGUGUGUGUGUGUGUGUGUGUGUGUGUGUGUGUGUGUGUGACGCUGGGUAUGAAAUUCUCAGACGGUAAUGUCAGCACAACAGUGUAUUAGAAGCCGGUAACGGAAUACACACGCCCGCCACAAUUGCAGGGUAUGGAGUUAAAUUUGCGUGUCGUAAAGUAACUCGGUCUUCGAAUGAGCGGCGUUCUUCGUUAAGAGUUUUCUAAACUUCGUUUUCUCUCAUCACCGUUAAUGAAUGCGCUGCUGGAGUUUUCGCGUACGCUUUCAAAGUAUUUGUUUACGUUCGCCGUUCUGGCACUGACCUCUCGUGUGGGCGGGGCUUAACAGCGAUUUACUCUCAUUGGCUAGUGAGAUUUGGAUCGAUAGUUCGGGUGUCCAGCCGAGGAGGAGGAUGAUGGCGCCGCCGCCGCCGCUCCGUACCUCUCCCGAGAGCUCAUCUCGAAAAGACAGUCGCAUGAGACUACCCAAACCUCAAAUAUCGAUUACAAACGAAUAUACCGACUAAAGUCAUUUCCACUACGAAGUACAGACACUAUAACUCUACAGAGAACGGCUUCCAGAACGCUCUCCAAAAUUCACAACAACAAAAUCUAUACUUCCUGGUCAGGGAACUAUCGAUCCAAAACUCACUAGCCAAUGAGAGUAAAUCGCUGUUAAGCCCCGCCCACACGAGAGGUUUGCACCAGGACGGCGAACGUACACUUGCGGAGCGUAAACGAAAACUCUGCCAGCGUAUUCAUGAAGCGUGAUUAACGAAAAGGAAGCUUAGAAAGCGGUUAACGAAGAGCGCUGUUUAUUUGCGCGCGCGCGCGUGUGUGUGUGCGCGCGUGUGUGUGUGUGCGCGCCACAGAAGGGAAUUUUGACAUUUCCCAGCACUGAGGAAAGAAAAGAAUUGAUUAUGAAAUGUGAUGCAAAACAUUUUAAAAAAUAAGAUCAUGAGUUCGAUCUGAGAGGGGAGGCACGGGGUACUCUCUCUCUCUCUCUCUCUCCCUCUCUCUCUCUCCCCUGUCAAUCAUAGCGACACUGGCCAAUCACAGUUCUCUGUGAGUGGGGGGGAGGGAAAAAAAGUGUUGUUUUUUUUUUGUUGUUGUUUGUUUUUUGUUUUUUUUUUAUGUUGAAAUUCAACAACUUUCACUGUGUCAGUAAGCCUGCUGUUCUUUUUUUUUAGUAGCUGGAAAUACGCAGGAAUUCUUUUGUUUGCUGAACGCACAUACACUACAGAUGAGGUGGAGAUUAGCGUGAAACACGCCUUUAAUCACAUCAAACCCUUGUCGAAUUAUUUAAAAGUCUGGUAUGAAAUAACCAGCCUUCGGAGACAUCAGUCCUCACGCUGCGUACGGCGGUCUCACCGGGGCACUGACGAUCGUCCGGGGCGUCUGUGCUAAACGUUGUGUUAUAUAACAGCCAUGCCUGUCGAACACACUGCCAACAGAAGGAGGUCGCGAAUUUGAUUUGAAUUCAUUCAGUUUGAUGAUUAUGUUCAUGGUCUGGCGUCGUUUUGUUUGUUUGUUUGUUUGUUUGUUUUAAAGGAACAUUCUCACCGUUUUAAAACCCUCACGCUUGCAUUUUCUGUUAAAUUAUAAAGAGGGGUUUCUCACACAACUUCAGAUUCAUAGACUGACUGAUCCGGCGUAAGACGAAUUCCAUACUAGCUUUGUUCGUGCUAUAAAUGUUAUAAUCAAAUCCAGAGGAUCGCCGAAUCACGAGCAGCCCUGAGCUCUUCACGUGUUAAAAUGUCUCCGUUUCAGGAAUCGGUCUACAUGUCGCAUUUCAUCUGCUCUUAAUAGGUUUCAACUUUCAGCUCAGAUUCAGUACCAUGCAGGACAAUAUUGUAACGAUCCUGAUGGUUGGUAUGAUAUCGGUGCAUUCCAGGCUAGCACAUGCAGGAUCCAUUACCUUACGUUAAACCCAACACGCCAGAAAAACUGCUUUGGACGUAUUAUGCAACGACACCAGCUUCACCACAGAUGCAGGAAGUCUUCUAAACACGAGGAACGAUCAUAGAAGCUAGGCACCAUUUACUCUAAUUUGUCUGUAUUUAUGUAGCCCGUUCAUAUUGGAAUCAUGACUGUGUUUAAAUUGGGCAGUUUUCUGCUGUGUGUGUGUGUGUGUGGGGCUUGUGUUGGAGAGACGUUUUGUUUGUAAAACCAUUAAUGAAUGACUAAACAAACUACACGCGAGAUAUAAAGUAUUUAUAUCGCAAUAAACUUCUCACAGUUCAUAAGGUUGUCAUGACACAUCAGCUUGACAUGUCUUAACUAAGAGCCCUUAGUAGAGACCUGUCCUUUUAUUCUACCUAUCUAUUCUGCCUACUUCUGAAACAGAUUUUAAGUGCAGAAUCAUCCUGUUAAGGGGACCGGACACGGUGUCGUGACUAGAAACCUUUGGAGGAAAGAUGCACACGAUUCUCGCAGAAAUCUUAACGUAUAACUUUGAAUCUGUGUAUUCUGAAAGACGUUGUGUACAUAUAGAACUUUUGUAAAUACAGAAUUAUUAAAGACAUUUAGACGA